CCCAACCCAAUGACCACACAUUCCAUCCCUGUCGCCUCCUCCCGCACCUCCUCAUCCUCCUGUUCGUCGCUCCGUCAGUAUGAAGAACCUGGCUCUUGUACUCUUGUUGGUGGGCGUGGCCGCCGCCCUCCCCGGCCUCCGUCAGCGCCGUGACUCCUCAGGCCUCUACUUCGAGCUGCCCUCCAACGCCUCCCUGGUUCUGGGCGGCAUCCAGACCGGCUUCGAGUGCGGCGACCUCCCCUACGGAUACUACGCCGACGAGGCCAACAACUGCGCCGUCUUCCACGUGUGUCUGCCCUACAUCGACAACGACCUCUACAUCACCCGCCACUUCUCCUUCAUGUGCGGCGCAGGCACCAUGUUCGACCAGGAGCGCCUCGUGUGCGACUUCCCCGAGAGCGCCCUUCCCUGCUCCGAGGCCGCCGCCUUCAGGAGGUCCAACGAGUACUUCGGCCGCUCUGAGAUUAACUUCCUCGAGUAAGUCAUGAUCCAGAGAGCCGAACUAGGUCUUCAGACGAGCGACGGAGCGACGCAAGAACUUCCGAUGACGACUGGACCGUUGCACGACCACGAGAUCGAACCUAAUACUAACAUUUAAAGAACGAAGCGCAUUUAAGAUAUACACUUUCCCAUGUCAGCACUUUGUAUAAAACUGUUCAUUUUGUAAUAAAUAAGGAACAUUU